CUCAGACGCAGUACGUCGUCGUCGUCUCGUAUGUGUCAGAAAAGUAAAAAACCUAAAAAAUUAAAAAAAAUCUUUUGUCUUGUGCUGUUAUAGAGGAAAAAAGAACAAUUUAUUUAGAACAUUUAAACAGGAAAAACUAUUUUCAAAAAUAUAUAUAAAAUAAAAAGUUUUUCCUUAAAAAAAAGUGUAAAAACUAUUAAGAAAAAAAUUGUCUUAAGACAAUCUAUAAAAAUGAGUAUAAUUAAGGCAAAAAAGCUUAAAGAAUAAAAUAUAAUUUUAAUUGUGAAACAAAUAAAAGUGAAAAUCGGCCGUGAUCUCGGUAAAUUUACAGUAAAUAGUUGUGUGUGCGUUUAAAAUCAUUAUUUUUAGAUUUAUCGAUUUUAUACGACAUUGUGUGUUCUUAUUAGUAUUUUGUGGUGCUGCCAAAGUGCUGCCUAACUGCUGCAGCUUAAUGAAUAAAGAAAAGUAAAAAAAUAACAAAAAAUUAAAAUUUCUAUUAAAGCAAAUUAAAAAAAAGAAAUUAAACAAACCAAAAAAUAUGUAAUACGGAAAAAAAAUAAAGAAAAAAUGUCAUAAAAAUAAUGACCGAAAAGAAUGUUUCCAAUGAAAAAUUACUCGGUGUUGUACUACACAAACGUAUGAAUGUGAAAUAAUAAAUUAAGGGUCGUCCACCAUCGUCAUCACCACCGCUGGAAAACGAAACCACGACCACAGACCACAUAACCAAUAAAAACAACAACAAAAACACCAUCACCACACAUCCAUUCAUUAGCGGCCGCAAUAUGAGACAAAAAAAUUUGGCUCAGACAAUAUAACAGUUAAAUUAUUGAUGUGAUAACCAGUAUAUUUCAAAUCUUAUUGUCGCCGUUAAUUAAAACCAUAAAAAUCUAUACUAUACUCUGUAUGUAAUACAAACUAAAAGUUUGAAAACAAAAUUCUGAAAACGGAAAAAAUUUAGAAAAUUUUGGUGCUAAUGUGCUAAAAUUGGAGACAAAUUUAAACUAAAACGCAUUACACAAAAGAGAGUGAGAGAUUGAUAGAGAGAACAAACAACGUGCCAUCAUUAUCAUCAUCGUCAUCUUCUACAACAACAACAACAACAGCAGCAACAACAUCAUUAUUUCAAUACAAAAUAACAAAUCAAUACAAUAAACAAUCACCAAUAACAACAACAGCAAAAACUACUACAAAUCAUGGAAGCUUAGCGAGAGUAUUAAACGAUACAAAAUCUAUAUAAAAAAAUAUAAUCUGUAGCAGAAGAAUAUUAUAAUAAUUUUAAACAUAUGUGAAAAAAUUUAUUACAAUCCCUCCAUUAAAUGCACUACUACAACAGCAACAACAACAACCAUUACAACAACUACUACUACUAUUCAUCAUUAUUCGAUUUUAUAUUAAUGAAAACACAAGAUAUCGUCAAAUAAUACCUAGAAAAAAGAAAUAAAAUAAAAAUAAUUUAUACGAAAUACAUAUAAUUAACAUAUUGUAAACUAACAACAACAACAUCAGCAACUACAAGAACACCAGCAAUAACAGCAACUACAGUAGGUUUUCAAUACAAACGAAACUACAAAAAAAGAAGGAGAGAAGUAAGAAGAGAAACGGGGUGAAAAAGCAGCAGAAUAGAAAUCGUCGAUCAGCACAAACAUCUUAAACACAAGAACAACAGAAAAAAUGUCAUCGGGAACAUUUGUUGAUCGAAUCGAUCCAUUCGCCAAACGUUCAUUGAAAAAGAAAAGCAAAAAGAGUCAAGGUUCCUCACGCUAUAGAAAUUCACAGGAUGUGGAAUUGCAACAAUUGCCACCACUGAAAGCCGAUUGUUCAAGUUUGGAACAAGAAGAAUUAUUUAUUCGCAAAUUGCGUCAGUGUUGCGUAUCAUUUGAUUUUAUGGAUCCUGUGACUGAUUUGAAGGGCAAAGAAAUCAAACGCGCCGCCCUAAAUGAUUUAUCCACCUACAUAACACAUGGACGAGGCGUACUUACAGAAGCUGUGUAUCCUGAAAUUAUACGUAUGAUUUCAUUAAAUUUGUUUCGUACAUUGCCGCCAAGUGAGAAUCCAGAUUUUGAUCCCGAAGAAGAUGAUCCCACUUUAGAGGCCUCCUGGCCACACCUACAGUUGGUGUAUGAGGUGUUUUUAAGAUUUUUAGAAUCGCAAGAUUUUCAAGCGACCAUAGGAAAACGUGUUAUUGAUCAAAAGUUUGUUUUACAGCUUUUGGAACUAUUCGAUUCUGAAGAUCCACGUGAACGUGAUUUUUUGAAAACUGUUUUGCAUCGUAUUUAUGGAAAAUUUUUAGGUUUACGAGCAUUUAUAAGAAAGCAAAUCAAUAAUAUAUUUUUGCGUUUUAUUUACGAAACGGAGCAUUUUAACGGUGUCGGUGAAUUGUUGGAAAUUCUUGGAAGCAUUAUUAAUGGUUUCGCUCUACCAUUGAAGGCCGAACACAAACAGUUUUUAGUUAAGGUUUUGCUUCCUUUGCACAAAGUUAAAUGUCUGUCACUGUAUCACGCUCAGUUGGCCUAUUGUAUUGUACAAUUUCUCGAAAAGGAUCCAUUCUUAACGGAACCAGUCGUACGGGGUCUUUUGAAAUUCUGGCCAAAGACUUGUUCGCAAAAGGAAGUUAUGUUUUUGGGUGAAAUUGAGGAAAUACUCGAUGUAAUCGAUCCACCACAAUUUGUUAAAAUCCAAGAACCUCUAUUUCGUCAAAUCGCCAAAUGUGUAUCGAGUCCACAUUUCCAGGUUGCUGAACGUGCUCUGUAUCUGUGGAACAAUGAAUAUGCUAUGUCCUUAAUUGAAGAAAAUAAUGCUGUCAUAAUGCCCAUCAUGUUUCCGGCAUUGUAUCGCAUUAGUAAAGAACACUGGAACCAGACAAUUGUGGCUUUAGUUUACAAUGUUUUGAAGACUUUUAUGGAAAUGAAUUCGAAAUUGUUCGAUGAACUUACCUCUAGUUAUAAAGCGGAAAGGCAAAAAGAAAAGAAGCGCGAAAGAGAUCGUGAGGAAUUGUGGAAGAAAUUACACGAAUUAGAGCUCAAUCGUACAAAGAGCAUUCAGGGAGGCAACUCUAAUAAUUCAACAAACGCUAGUGGUGCCUCAACGUCAGGAGGUGGCAAUUCCAAUGCCAACAAUAGUCAACAACAGAACACAAAUUCGCAACAAUCGAACAGUACCGCAACAGAUCAUAAAUUCGCAGCUGGUGCUAGUGGCGAUAAUAAAACGGUAAAUGCGCCAACAGCAGCUACAGCGAAUGCCGGUGCCGCUAAUCCUUUUGCCAAAAUCAAAGCUGAAAAAGUUGAAAAUUAAUUUUCAACAUUUAUAUUAUAAUUAUAACCACCACCAGGAGCAGCAGCCGUCGCCGCCGCAUCAGCAGUAGUAGAAGCAGCAGCCACCACAAUAAUAAGAUCAAGAACAACAACAACAACAACCACAACAUCAAACACCAUAAGAAAACUUAAGGCAGACAAAAAGAUCAGGAAAUACAAAUAUUACUACCCGUAUUAAAAAUUAUAAAUAAUUUAAAUAAACAAACAAAAAUUGUUAGAAAACUAAACAAAAAGAAAGAACAAGUUCAAGCAAAAAUUGCAAGAGGAACAGAAACCUAAAAAAAAUCAACAUCUAGAGCGUAGAGCGCCUGAUACCGAGAAAAUUAAAAAAAAAAAUUAAAAUAUUUAAACUAAAAACAUAAAUCUAUAUAUAAAUUUAAACAAAAACAAAAGAAACGAGCUAAACACGCGAGGACAGGUCGAUAUAAAGUUGAAGUCGAAGAAGCAAAAGCAGAAGAAGAGAAAACAAACAGAAAAUAUAUAAUAAAAUGAAAAGAAAUUUAGAAAUGGAAAUGGUAGAAUUAAAAAAAAAGAAUGCGUUAUGAGCAACUCUAAUAUCUAUGAUUUAACUUAUGCCUAUUUAAUUAUUAAUUAAAAAUUUAAACAAAAAAUCUACAAAUAAACUCAUUUACAUUUAAAAUGAAUAAUUUUUAGAAAACAAAAAAUUAAAAAAAAAAAAUUAUAUAUAUAUUACAAA